AUGAGCUGCAACUUCGACAAGGCCAAGUUCAUCUCUUCCCUGGAGAUUGUGGUGAAGAAAAGAUCAUCUCUAAAGGUGACCAUUGAGGAAGAGUGGCUGACCGAAAAGGAGAUGAAAGAUGACUAUGGUUGGAGCCCGAAGAACGUCUACGAUGGGAUGGAGGAGUACUACGUUGUCAUCAAGGAGAAAGGUUCACGAGAACAGGAACAGGUUGAAGAGGAGACCCGAAAGAAAUCAAAGGCCUUGGAGGCUUCUGAGGAGCCGAACCUUUCCGCUGGGGCCUUUGAUGGCCUGACAAAGCUUCAAGAGCGCCAAUCUGCAGAAGUUGCCGUACCGGCAGUCCCGGAAGCACUUUCCCAAACCAAGAAGAAACUGCGCAAGUUCUUGGACGCUAUGAUCCAGAAGUCAGGCAAGAUCAGAUGCCUAGUCAGGGAAAUCAACGAUUCCUACUCGAAGAGUGAUCUGCUGCAGAAGUCCAGACGUCAGUUGGAGGAGGAACUCCAGAAAUUGGAUUCCCAGUAUGAUGCCUGCAACACUGUGAUGCUCAGAGGGGAGGUCAACGGAUUUCAGCCGGAGAAUGCAAAGAAGUACGAGAAGAAGGAUGCGGAUCUUUCCCCGGGAGAGAAUCGCAAGCCCACUGUGAAGCAGGAGAAGAAUGAGAAGAACAAGAAGGAGAAGAAGGAGAAGGGCAGGUCUAAGCACGGAAAGGGUAAGAGUGAGAAACCUGAAGAGGGUGCUGGCAAUGCUCUGCAGACUUUGAGCAAAGAUGUCGGUGAAGGAGCUUUGGCCUCAGCCAUCGCUGCAAUGCAGUGGUCUAUCCAAACAACCAUGAGACAAAUGGCCUCGACUUGCAGAGCUGUGAUUAGAGCAGCGCGUGGAGUUUUGAGUGAUAUCGGGGAGACAGCUGCGGAAGCCAGCAGUGGUCUCAUAGAGUUGAGCCGGUGUACUUUAAGCAACAGUGAAAGGGAUGUUGAGCGAGUGUCCAGGAAGUACAAUCUUCAGCUCCCUGUUCCCAUCAGAGAAAUUCAGAAAUCUCCUGGUGUCCGCUACUCCGGGAACUUUCACGUGAUCGCUUUGGAAAGCUGGCUUCAAUUCAUCAUCGAUCACAACGUCUGGCAUAUGUUACUAGGCCUGCACAAUGCAGACCCGAAACGGGAAAGGGCCUUGCUUCGCGAGUUUUGGCGCUUGUAUCGGCUUGCUGAGCCUGACCAUCAGGUGUGGGCUGAAAUUGAGAAGCAUGGUAUCAAAGUUGAACAUCUUUUGCCCGUCGUGAUGCACGGCGACGAGGGGCGCGGCCGGAAACGCGGCGAUUGUCUCAGAUCAUUUCAGCAGGGCGUCACUGGCAAGCAUGGUGAACGGUACCAUGCUGCUUGUCUGAAUGCAGUUGGAGAUUGGGCAUGGCUCCAAAAGUGCGGCCACUUGGAACGAUCCUAUUUGAACAUUCCGAAGAAAGCAUUGGUACAAACGAGCAAGCCCAAAGGGAUCUGCCACCUGUGCCACGCAGGGCGUUUGGAGCACGACUUCGAGGAUCUGAGCUUGAACCCUUCAUGGCUUCAGACGAUGUACUGCGAUGAGCCGUGGACAGUGAGACCCGUGCUUCUUCACCUCGCCCACUGCCCAUCACGGCCGGCAGAUUUCUUCAGCUACGACUUGUGGCAUGCGUUCCAUCUUGGUAUGGCAAAAAGUUUUGCCGCUUCGACAUUGGCACGUAUCACAGAUCGCUUCCCAGAAAGUACAGUCGACUCACGAUUUGAGCGUUUGACAUCGCUGUUCCUCACCUUCGCUGAUGAGCACCGUGAACCUACAUACAUCACAGCGCUGACGAAGGAAAGUUGCGGAUGGUAUGAUAGGAAAACCUAUCCCAACGGGCAGUGGAGCAAAGGCCACGUCAGUACAGUCUUGUUGCGUUUUCUUCAAAGUUACUUUGCGAGGUUUGACGUAUCAGAUGACAUCAUCCUGUCCAAGGCCAAG